AUGUUGACAUAUAAAACAAGAUCAAUGAUUGAAGAUUCUAUUUCGACAAGCUUAACUGAUAGCAAUCAGAAAAGAACACAUAGUAAAUCAACUGAGCUAGCAUCUAUUAAUACUACUUCAGAAAAUACAACUAAAGAAACUUCUUCAAAAAAUACAACCGAAGUUACUACUUUGAAAAAUACAACUAAAGCUAUUAUUUUGAAAAUACAAUUAAAGCUACUACUUCGACAAAUACAACUGAAGAAGCUGCUUCGAAAAUAUAAUUGA